AUGCAUGAUUUUAUGGUUGACUCCCUGCUGGAGGUGGAGGAAUUAUCUGGUGAUCAAGGAGGGUUUGACAAAGCUCUUUUGAAGUUCUAUCUUAAUCAAAAUGGAAUUUUGACUAGUUUAAAUGGGGAUUUACACUGUAAUUUUCUAGGAUUUACACUGAAAAUUGACUGGGUUUACAUGGAGAUUUACACUUUUCAAAAACUUUCAGCUUUGUACUUGCUGGGCCCGCCAUUACCGGUGAAGCCACAUUUGGGCUGUGGGCAGCCAGCAGCCCAGCGCAGAGAAAAAUCAUCACUCGACCCACGCUCCCCACGCCCCCACCCAUGUGGCCAUGUCGUCACUUUCCCCUUCUCGUCGAGGGUUUCCUCUGCCCUGUUACGUUCCCCACUCCAAUCCAAUGGCGACGACCAGCAACAAGAAAAUGGCGUCGCCGUCGCCUAUGCCGGACAUGCCCGACCAGCUCCUCGCCGAGAUCUUCCUCCGGCUGCCCACCCCACAAGACCUCGCCCGCGCCUCCGCCGUCUGCACCACCUUCCGCAGAAUCUCCACCGACAGGUCCUUCCUCCGCUGCUUCCGCUGCCUCCACGCGCCGCCACUCCUCGGAUUCCUCGACCGCGACGGCUUCCACCCAGCCCUACCCUCCACCCCCGCCGUGCCGAUUUCACCUUCUCCUUCCUCCCCCACCACCGCCGCUGGACCGUGCAGGACGUCCGCGACGGCCGCGUCCUCCUCUCCCGCAGCACCGGAAAACUUGGGCAGCCCCCGGUCUUCAGAGAUCUCGCGGUGUGCGACCCCUUGCACCGGCGCUACGUCCUGCUCCCCCCGCUACCUCACGACCUAGCUGCUUUGCUUGGGCACCCGUUCCCCCCGGUAACCGAAGCCUGCUGCAAGCGCUUCCUCGUUCCCCUCGGCGAGGAGGAGGCAGCGGCUGGAGACACAACAUUCAGAGUCAUCUUGAUGGCGUAUUGCAAAACCAGCCUGGCUGCCUUUGUCUUCUCUUCCAGCAACGAUCAAUGGCGAGCUACUGCAUCCAAGGAUUUGAGUGAUUUGGCCCUUGACGAGGGCGACAUGGAGGAGAUGUCAAGGGUCCAGCCUUUCAUUCCCAUGCGCCAUUAUGCUUAUGGCUGUUUCUACUGGGACUGGGUGCAAUUCGGGAUGAAGAAGUUGCUCUUGCUUGACACCACGAACAUGGAGUUCUCCGCUGCUGACCUCCCACCAGGAGAAUGGAGCAAGGAAGGUAUAGCCAUUGUGGAGGCCGGGGAAGGCAGGCUCGGGAUCUUUGGUUUCCGUGGUGAACUUGCAUCCAGUCUCAGCUAUACCACUGCACGGACCAAAGGCGAGAGUCCCAGCCAGUGGCAGAUGGAGAAGACAAUCUCACUAGAUUCUGGCUACAAAUAUUGUAUCAGAGAUGCAACACAGAGGUACUUGCUCUUGACAAGGAUAGAAGCAUCAUCCCUAAAUAAUCACCUUGUUGGAUAUUUCUCAAUGGAUAUCAAGACGUUGCAGCUUCAGAGGGUUUAUGAGAAACAGCACUAUUCUAAUCAGACAUACACAUAUAUCAACUUCCCACCAUCAUUGUUGUCUUCAAGGAGAAUAUGAAGUGUCAUUGUCUCCACCACUGUUAGAUCCUCAGUAUCAUGGUUGUGCUCUGAAUCUCCAAGCAAAUCAUAUUGGUUGAGAUGAUUGACUGAAACUUAGAGUUGUCAGGUGAUUGUAUUGUUUCUCGCUGCCAACACCCUGAGCUACAUAUUCACGUAUAUGUUGUUCUAGUUUUUAUGGUGCUUGUAGCUUCAGUUAAUGAGGCUGCUGCUGUCCCAGCGUAAGAGUGAGUGUGAUCAUGAACUUUAACAGUUUCAAUCGACCAACAAUUAUGGUUGAGCUAGCUAGCUGAGGCAUAUUUCCAUGUCCCAUUUUUUUCUCAACUAGUAUUUAUUAGAGUUAUGAUCUCGUUGAGGAUGAAUACAAUACACGUUGAUUGUAACCAUUAAAAGCCUUUGCAUUCUAUCGAAAGUGAAGGAGUGCCCCUAUUUUUCUUUUUUUGAGUUUGAAGCUAGAGCUUUAUUAGUAGUAGGAAACAAGUUGGUGCAUAGCGCCCAUGAUAUCACCAGCAAUAAACUCUGGCACAUCGAACUCCCAUUUUACCCUACCAGAGCCUACAGGUUUAAUUCCAAAUUUACUUAAGCCUUGUUUGUCUGUCGACUGCCUGCAGACAGACAAGUCGCAACUGGACAAGCACAGUCGGUUGUGUGAACAAGUUUUCUGCAAUUAACUCUACUAUGCAGUUGAAAUUCUUUUUUAUUGCAGUCAAUCUCCACCACUCUGAUAUCUUGAUAUGAUGGUUGUCCUAAUCUGAGAGCAUAUCCUAUUGGUUUUGAUAUAAUUGAAUGAAUCUUAAAGAGUUUCCAGGUGAUUGUGUAUUAGCAAUUUUGUAGGAUGAAUUUGAGGGGACAACCAGUUUUCUUUUUGUUCCUUUAUGUGCAUCAGUUUGUGCCAGGAUGGAAUUAAGUUUUUCAAGACUCGUUUAUGUUGAUGUGCCUCUGUCUGGCUAUGUAUUCCAACCUUUUAAUUUAAAUUCCGAUGCUAGGCACACUGGAGCGAGUGUCUGCAGUCACAUGUUUCGAAUUCAGUUUAGAUAAAUAUUACCAAUGUGAUAAUGCUAUUAUGUAUCUUCCUCUACCUAGUUACAUAUAAUUUGUUCCUUUUAGCUCAUAAACUCUCAAAUAUGUGUGCAAUAGAAUUCUUAUUUAUUGCAGUCAAUCUCCACCAGUCCUAGGUCCCAGUAUCAUGGUUUUUCUCCUUAUCCCAAAACAAAUCAUGUUGGUCGAGAUGAUUGACUGAAACUUAAGGAGUUUUCAUACGAUUAUGUAUUAGCAAUCCUGUAAGAUGAAUUGGAGAGGGCACCUAGUUUUGUUUUUCUUUCCUUUUGGGGACUCAUUUUUGUACUUGGAUUGCUGACAGCAGCUAGUGCGUUGAUUCUUGCUACCAAUGCCCCAGUUUCUCUCCAUGUUUUGUAGUUGGAAGUUUGGUAUACUGCUAGGUGCCUGGGUAGUAUAUGAUUUCGUGCUGUCCUGUAACAUGGAGGUACCACUUCAAGUUCUUCACGACUCAUUUCUUUAUGUUGACUGGCCUGAGUGCAAACUACAAUUCUAAACACACUAAAGCGAGUGUUUGCAGUCACUUGUUUCGAAUUCGGUAAUCAAGAUUACCAAUGUGACAAGGUUAUUAAUUACUGAAACUUAAGUAGUUAUUAGGUGAUUGUGCAUUAGCAAUUCUGUAAAGACCACCCAGUUUUGUGUUCUUUCUUUUCUUGUGUGCAUUAUUUAUGUACUAUUAGGAUGGCAGUCGGCAGCUAGUAUGUUGGUUCUCACUAGCAAUACCUCGAGUUUCUUUACUCUUUUUAAGCUAGAAGUUUGUUAUACUGCUAGGUGCAUAUAUACUAGGUAGUAUGAGGACUCCUACAACACAAAUGUACCAAUUCUGUAUUACUUAAGUUUUCCACGUCUUGUUUCUUUAUGGUGUCUUGCCUCUGUCUGGCUAUGUAUUCAAACUUGUAUUACACAUUCCAGUCUAAGCACACUGAAGCGGGUGUUCGCAGUCACAUAUUUUCAAAUUCGGCUGAGACCAAUAUUACCAAUGUGACAACGCUAUUAUGCAAUAUUUCUUCUCUGGUGUCUAAACUUCUAUCUUGUCUGUUCAGGUUUGACAGAGCCGUACGUAAUCAUAUCAGCAUUCUUAAUUCAAAGCGACCAUGGUUUCAACAGCUUGGAGUUCUCACAUACUGACCACUUAGACUACAGAACAACAUGAUCUACAUUGCCUUGCUUGGUGGUGGCCAUGUCAAUGUUUCGGUUAUUAGGUCUAACAUCAAUGUGGAAUUUCCCUGCCUAAGAAUGUGACUUUGAUAUUAGGAGGUCAAGUCAAUUUUUUUUUCUUCAUUAUUAGUUAGAGUUGCUAAAACAGGUACAAUCUUGGCAGAAAGAUCACAACGGAACUGAUAACCAACGUAAGGACAAUAUAAGCAGCACCGGCAUGCAGCUGGAGGGACUUGUUCUUUGUUGUUGCUGCUGCUGCUGUACGGUGAAGGGUAGGCAGCAAAAAAGGUUUGUAGAGCUGUAGAAAGAGGUGAGUGGAAGUCCUAAAUGGUGCUCAUGUUUGGAUCGCCGAAGUACUGAUAAUUUGUGAAAUCUUGAAUAUGCUGUAUGAUCUUGAAUACUGAGUCGACAAUUUUCUCUGCUGUA